GGAAAAACCAGCAAAACUAUCGAAGACCUGGCAGUGACAAAGGAAAAGGACGAGCAGGGAAAAGUGAAAAACAAGCCACGUGUUACGUACUCAAAGGUGACAAGUUGUGUACUGAUCGAGGAAAUUAGGAGAUUUUUAAGGGUUAUAAUUUUGAACUUAAAAUCCCCUCUUGUAGUCUAGAAAUUAGUCUAGAUAUGUGUAAAACCUCACAAAUUGCUCUAUUUUUUGUUACAUUAAUUGAAGGAUAAAUAAUUCUGAAACCUUGAAAUAUACGAAGCCUAAGAGUGCAUUUCAUGUACAAUACACAAGCGACGUUGAUAUAAGCCUCAUCACUGUGCUUAUUUGUGAUGCGAUGUUUGAUUUUUUUUAUAGGAAGAAUUACUCAAUUUAAGGGAAUCUCCAGCCUCAAAACUAUGGCCCAGUGUUCUUUCUAAUGAACAUGCCAGGUUUGAUAAACUUAUCUUUAUAAACCAUGCCGAAAUGUUAACUCCCAGAAUGAAAGAUGCCCCUCGGUUAAAAGAAUUAUUUUUGUCUGUACUGGAAAUUUCUUUUUCUAAAUUUGCUUAUUUAGAUUGUUUGAUUGGUGGUAUAUUCAGAUCUUUUUUGUAUUGUUAUUUGCCCAAAAAACUGUCAUGAUUUUUACUAGAAUCUUUUUCCCUGCUAUAAAUCAAUGCAAAUUUUGAUAAUGAUAGUUAAUAAGUAAUGGUAACAGGACUGAGUGGAGUCCAAUUCGGUCUGUAAUCAUAUGAGUGAUUAACAAAAUCGGACGACCGCGUAGCGGGAGACCGAUUUGUUUAAUCACGAGUAUGAUUACAGACUGAAUUGGACGACACGAAGUUCUGUUACCAAUUAAUUAUAACUUUAACAAAAUUUGUGAUAUAAUAGGCUAUUUUUUAAAUCAAAACACAAGAAAUUCGAAAUUUUGUUUUGCUAGCAGUGAAAAAAAAAGCCAUUUAAGCGCGCGCGUGAUGGCACGUACUGUCCAAUUACUUAGGCAUGACACGUACUGUCCUAUUAAACUGUCCAAUUAAGGCUGAAAUCAGGGCAGUUGAUAGCCAAUCAGAUUUGACAAUUUUGUUAUAGUUAAGAUUAUAAUAAUAAUUGUUUACCUAUUUAAAGGGCAUUAAAAAUAAUACAAAGUGUUCAUUGAAAUCUACUAUGUUCUCGUGAACCUCUCUAUGAAAAAAAAAUGAACAAUUACUUUUUUAAUGUUUUUCAAUAUUAUUUUAUUAUUAAAUUUGGACAAAUCUUCUCCCUUUCAAUUUCUUAUGACCAGCAUGUCUGAAUAUACAUGUUGUACACUAUAAUGAUAUUAGACAAUAAGAAUUAUAUUUGGUAAAAUGUUUUGGUAAAAAGUCUGGAAAAAGUCUUGAAUUUUGGAUCAAAAAGUCUGUACAAACCCUUUUUGAUACUUAGGACGGGAGUCUGGAAUCCCCACAGAUUUUACUGGGUCAUGACAUCAUCAUCAAAAGGAGAUGAGAAAGGGUCUGGGAUUAAGAUCAGUUGAACCAUAGGCAUAAGGGCCGGGGUAGCAAGGGGGGCUGCAGCCCNGGACAAAUCUUCUCCCUUUGAAUUUCUUAUGAUCAGCAUGUCUGAAUAUACAACAUGUUGUACACUAUAGUGAUAUUAGACAAGGAGAAUUUAAUUUGGAAAAAGAAAUUGAUGUUUUGGUAAAAAGUCUGGAAAAAGUCUUGAAUUUUGGAUAAAAAAAUCGGGAGUCUGGAAUCCCCACAGAUUUUACUUGGUCAUGACAUCAUCAUCAAAAGGAGAUGAGAGAGAGUCUGGGAUAGAGAUCAGUUGAACCAUAGGCAUACAGGCCGGGGUAGCAAGGGGGGCUGCCGCCCCCCUCAAAUUUUGGGCAACUCAGAUUUUUUGGGUAUCUAGAGAAAAUUUGGGCAAAGCCAGUAUUUAAAGACAUUUCCAUGUUAUUUUGAAUAGACAAAUAUUUUCUAUUUUAACCUGAAGUUGGCGUAAUAAUCCAGCUUCAUUCACACGAGACAGUGGCUGCAUACCACGUGAUGAGUUUCUGGUUAUUAGGGAAGGGUAUCUUAUGGUGAUUUAUAUAUUUAUAGCUUUUUAUUGUUGGACACUGUACUGCACUGCACUAGCUGGUAUGGGCUAUUUCCAAAAAACUUCUGCAUAACUUUUUAGAAUCAUCUCCACUCGUAGAAAUGCCAACAUGACCAUUCAGACCCUAUGCUAGUGUCGGAGUGAAGAAAGUUUCAACAGUGUAUGGCAGAUAGCAUCAGCAAUGGCGUUAUUUUGUUGCUAUGACAACUCCGAUCCGAUGUCAAUGCAUCCCUGAUCAUAACAAAUGUCAUCUUUAUCUAAUACAACUGUGGUGGUAAUUUUUCCAAGUGUUUGUUUAUGGCGACAUAGUUUACACUCAAACUUGGGAGGUAUUGACCCGGAAAAACUGUAUCAAGCCACCCUCAUAUGCCAGUAUGCCCUAUGUUGUUGCAUCAUAUGGCCCUCGUUUCUUUUCGUAGACUACUGUUUUGUAAAAACUUGGGCAACUUACGAUAAAAUGGUUUACCGCCCCCUCUGGCAAAAAAUUGCCCAUAUGCCUACGAGUUGAAUGUACUGCGUAAUCUUUGGUUAUUGGUAGUGUUCAAACUGUUAUCACUCACCUGUAUCCAGGGUUCAAACCCACAACCUCUUGCUUUUAAAACCAGUAUUCUACAGCAAUAGACCAGUCUUAUGUUGCACCAAGUCUUUGUUUCAAAGUGAGGCUAAUUACAAAGCUAUUAAUAUGUAAAUGAUUUUAUAUUCUUAUGCAAAUAAAACUCUUUUCUUUUUUGCAAAAAAGGUUUUGCAUUUAGCCUCAUUUUGAAAGUGAGAAUUUUUGGAACUCAGAAGUGGCCUAUUGGUGUCUCAGGGUUGGGUAUGCUAAGUCCAAAAUAAUAUACUUAUUGUUUUACUUAACAGGGCCCAGUUGUUCAAAGGCUUAUUAGCGCUAACCCUGGGUUAUAUUUUAAUGCAGGUUUCUUUUUCUUUUCUUGUAUAAUUUUCUUUAUUCUUUUUAGAACAUCCAAUCAUCUAAAUGUAGAUAAGGAAUUAAACUGAAUUUGGUUUUUAAGCUUUCAUAUCUGAAAUCAAAGUUAGCACUAACCCUGGGUUAUCUUAACCUAGCUUUGAACAAACCUGCCCAGAAAACCAGGUGACUUGUAAUUAUUUGUUGAAAGCUGGUUUGAAUUUAUGUGUGCAGUACCAGUACUGAACAAUGCUAAAAUAGCAAACAUCCAUCAACACAGAAAAAUCUAGCUCUAUCCCUCUCACUCUCAGAGAAAAGUAAAGAUGUAGAAUAUUGGUCUUGUGAGGCUGUAUUAAUAAUAAUGUUCAUAUUUUUCUAAUGCGAUUGUAUUCCUACUGUUUAUUAGAAAUGGUAUUUGGGAUCCUGAGGCUUGGCACCAGUCCUUUGCAAGUGAAAAAAGAUGUGCAUCCCCUGCAGAUGAACUUAAAAAACAAUUGCUGUGAGUGAAUAGUUAAUUAUUUCUUCUCUGCUUACAGCCUCUAGAUCAAACUAUUAUGGAAAAAAAUGAAUUGCUCCUCUGUUCUCCUCAACUUUGACACUUUUGUGUGCUUUUAUAUAGUAUUAUUUCAAUAUUAUUGCUUAGGAUUUGUAUGUCAUUCCGAGUAGGAAAAUCAAUUUUGUGAUCUUUUUUGUAUAUCUAUGUUCUCUUCAGGAUUGAGGAUGGUAUCGUGCUGAGUCCCCAACGUCAAAGCUUUGUUCAAGGCUGUCACAUUCCUCAGAGUGCUCCUGAGAGAAUUCUGCCACAGGAGAGAGGAAAAAGUGGUCUGAGCAGAACAAGUGAUCGUGAGAGGGAGGGCAGAAGCAGGCUCACUGGACGGGUGGGCAAGGGCAGAUUAGAUUAUAAAGAACGUCUACCUCUUCAAGAAAGAAACAAG